GGCAGUCAGCUGACUGAACCAAACAGGAGCGGCGUCCCUGCUACAGGAAACAUCAUAUUCAUUCAUUCUCAGCCGCAGCAAUGAAGAAGAACAAAGGCAAAGUGAGCAGCACUGCUGAGAAGGAGUUUGUGUUUGAGUUCAAGGCAGGGAAAAACAAUUGUGUCCUCAAAGUGCCUCUGCAUUUUCCUGUUCAAGAGAACAUCAGUGACCUCCACGGACGCUUGAUGCUGCUACAUAAAAUACCGUGCUACAUAGAAAACGAGCUAAAAACAUCCCUCACCAACUUCAUCGAGAGUGAGACUAUCCUUGAUUUUGACAGAGAGGCAGAGCUGGCCCUGCAGAGACUCACAACAGGAGAUGUUGAUGUAAACCAGCUCACAAAUGCAUGGACCAGGUCUUAUGUGGAGACUACACUGGAGCAUGCUCGACCUGAAGAGCCCAGUUGGGACGAGGACUUUGCAGAUGUUUACCACGAGCUUAUCCACUCCCCAGCCUCAGAUACCCUUCUCAACCUGGAGCACAACUACUUUGUUAGCAUCUCCGAGCUCAUCAGUGAGAGAGACAUGGAGAUUAAGAAGCUGCAGGAAAGGCAAGCAGCUGAAAUGGACAAAGUGAUGCAUGAGCUGGGGAAUACAUUGAGUGACCAGGAUGUAAACGCAGUUGCCUCUCAACACUUUGAUGCUCAGCAGGUGUUGGAGAAUAAGUGGGCCAGUGAGCUGAAGCAAGUUACUGGUAUUCAAAAACAUGAGUAUCAGGAGUGGGUUAUCAAACUGCACCAGGACCUGCAGAAAUCUACCAACAGCAGCCAAAUCAAUGAGGAGAUUAAGGUGCAGCCUAGCCAGCUGUCAGAGCUGGCAGAUUCUGGGGCCAGGAUGUUUGAGGAGCAGCCUCAGCUGGAGGAGAGUUUCACCAUACACUUAGGAGCACAACUAAAAACAAUGCACAACCUGCGACUGGUGCGAGCAGACGUGCUGGACUUCUGUAAGCACCGGCGGCACGGCAGCGGUGGAGCAAAGCUAAGGCGGCUGCAGACGGCCCUUUCGCUCUACUCCUCCUCACUCUGUGGCCUGGUGCUGUUGGUCGACAACAGGGUCAACUCCUACAGUGGCAUCAAGAGAGACUUUGCAACUGUGGCAAAGGAGUGCACAGACUUCCACUUUCCCUGUCUGGAGGAGCAACUGGACGAGGUGCAGCAGGUGGUGCUGUAUGCCAGAGCCCAGCGGAGCAGCAAGCAUAAAGACCAGCCUGAGAUUCCGAGGAAUGGAGGUGACGAUAAGAGCAAAAAUGUUGAAAGAAAUCCAUCUAACAUCUUACCAGGUGAGUUUUACAUUUCGCGGCACUCCAACCUUUCUGAGGUCCAUGUUGUUUUCCACCUAUGCGUGGAUGACAAUGUGCGAUCAGGGAACAUCACAGCCCGGGACCCGGCCAUCAUGGGCUUGAGAAACAUCCUAAAGGUCUGCUGCACACAUGACAUCACAACUGUCACCGUCCCUCUGCUGCUGGUCCACGACAUGUCAGAGGAAAUGACCAUACCGUGGUGUCUAAAGAGAGCCGAGCUGGUGUUCAAAUGUGUCAAAGGCUUCAUGAUGGAGAUGGCCUCAUGGGAUGGAGGAAUAUCACGCACAGUCCAGUUUCUAGUGCCAAAGAGUAUCUCAGAGGAGAUGUUCUACCAGUUGAGCAACAUGCUGCCUCAGAUCUUCCGUGUCUCCUCCACCCUAACUCUCACCUCAAAGCACUGAUAAUGGAGAUGCACCACAUUGCAUCCUCAAGGCAUUCAAACCAACACAGAUUGUUUAUUUCAAAAAUUAUAGACAAGUUAAUAUUUUUUUUUUGUUUUCAGGUUAAAGGAGUGGAGAUUUGAUGAAGUAGCACAUAGGUCCCAUUCAUUAAAAAUGGGGUCAGGAUAAUACGGUGGCAUUAAAGGACUUACAGUAGAGGUGCAAAACAGAUUUUAAAUGAGAAGAGACAUUUGUAUGCAAUUGGUGAGCUUUGUUAAUUUUGCACCACAUGAUGUAAAUACAUCUAACUGAAAGAGGGCUGGAUUCAGUGGCUCACCAAAGCAGCUGCUGCAAUUAUCAUUUCAAGCCUCCGGGGUGUGGUUCUGGUGACAGAGUUUUAUGACAUCAUGACAUCAGCCACCGGUGCAGCAACUAUUCCAGUUUUUCUUUAAAGCUGCAAUCUGUAACUCCCCGCACGCUCGAGCUACGGCAUAACGAAGACUGUAGUGUUGGUGAAGCUGUUUUAACUUGCUGGUACAGAGUGAAAAUCCCACCAACGAAGCAGAUAAAGUAAAUGUGAAAACAGUAUUGUUUACUAAAGUGAUGAGGCUGGAUGGAA